GUGGAUGAUGAAGAUUUACAAGAUGAACCACUGCAGAUCACAGUUCUUGACCACGAUACAUACAGUGCAAAUGAUGCUAUUGGCAAGGUGUACAUUGACAUCGACCCUUUACUGUACAGUGAAGCUGCCACCGUCAUCUCAGGAUGGUUCCCAAUUUAUGACACCAUACAUGGUAUCCGUGGAGAAAUCAAUGUUGUUGUCAAAGUAGACCUUUUCAAUGAUUUAAACAGAUUUAGACAGUCAUCAUGUGGAGUUAAAUUCUUUUGCACAACAUCUAUUCCAAAGUGCUACAGAGCUGUGGUAAUCCAUGGAUUUGUAGAAGAACUUGUGGUCAAUGAAGACCCCGAAUAUCAGUGGAUUGAUCGAAUCCGCACACCAAGGGCGUCAAAUGAAGCCAGACAGAGGCUGAUUUCUUUAAUGUCAGGUGAAUUACAGAGGAAGAUUGGCUUGAAAGUACUUGAGAUGAGAGGGAACGCAGUUGUUGGGUACUUGCAGUGUUUCGAUCUGGAAGGCGAGUCUGGGUUAGUGGUUCGAGCCAUAGGAACUGCGUGUACUCUGGAUAAAUUAAGUAGCCCAGCAGCAUUCCUUCCUGCAUGUAAUUCCCCAUCCAAAGAAAUGAAGGA